GGCCGCAGAACUCCGGCGGGCGGCGAGCGGGCGGUCGGGGCGGGACGUUUGCUAGGUGGGGGCUGUGGGGCCGACGGUUGGGCCGCGGCGGCAGGGACGGAAGGGGCGGCCGGCGGGCCGGGGUAGCUCUGAGGAGCAGACUAGGGCCCUGCCGACUUCUGAGGGGCGGCUCGGGCCCCUUGGGCCCGGGGCUGGUCGGCGGGGCCGCGGGAGCUGGGCGGGCUGCGCGCCCGGUCCGGCCCUGCCCUGCGGCCCGCCCUCAGCGUUCCGGGCCUCCGUGCCACGCGCCCGCCCAAAGACUGCAUGUCCGGUCGCCAUGUGUGGACCCUAAAGCGCCGUGUGGUCUGAAGCGCUUUGAUAUCUCUGAAGCGCUUUGACAUCUCAGAAGUAGCGCUGUGCAAACUGAGGCGUUUGGUAAUCGCGAAAGCACGUUGCAGGCUUGGAAACCGAACCGACGCCUUUAGUGUAUCUUAGCUCGUUUGACUUCUCCGAAGCGCGUUGGCAUCUCUGAAACCUUGAGAACUGUGAUGGGCAGUGGAAAGAAGGGGGAAAGGUGCCCAUGGCGUCGGAGAGGCGCAAGGUCAAGUACCACUGGAGCAGCACUUCGGAAGGGUGUCCCCGCAAGCGCAGCUGCCUCCGGGAGACCAGUGAUGUGGCCGCCUCCGGCCGGCCAGCUCAUGACUCUGUGUUGCGUUCAGGAGGGGCCAGCAGCUCCAAGCGCCUGAAAGCCCAAGAGGAGGACGAUGUGGCCACGCCGAGGUUGUCCUGGGGCUCAUCCCGCCGCAGAAAUUCCUCCUCCUCCUCCCAGUCCUCCGGCCCGAGUGUGGGCGGGGUUGCCUCCAAAGGCUGCCUGAUUCAGAGCGCACGGGGGUUUAUUUCGUCAGGGGAAUCCCCUCUUCGCCCUGUCAACCCCUCUCUAGAAGAAAUGGCUUCUCUAGAGGAGGAAGCCUGCAGCCUUAAGGUUGACUCCAAAGAUAGUUCUCGAAACUCCGCGAACUCUGAAUUUGCAGCUGAAGCUGAGGGUCAAAAUGAUACAAUUGAGGAACCAAGUAAGGUCCAGAAAAGGAAAAGGGAUAGACUUCGAGACCAAGGCUCUACAAUGAUCUACCUGAAGGCUAUCCAGGGCAUCCUGGGAAAGUCGAUGCCGAAAAGGAAGGGAGAGGCCACCACUAGGGUGAAACCAAACAUAGGAGAGCGUCCCAGCUGUGGAGAAGGGCCGGCCAGAAGUGUCACUGCACCAGCUCCUCAGGAAGGGAAAGAGUCAGCCCCGGAGGUGAGAGCAGAGGAGAAGGCUGAGCUGGAGAGGGGCAGCUUCUGUGGUAGGAGAGUGGUGAUAGACCCUCAGGAGGAGCCGGCCGAAGAGCCGCCUGGUGACCGGAGGACAGUCAUCGACAAGCAUUCUCCACCCCUGGAGUUUUUGGAUGACUCUGACUCUCAUUUAGAAAGCCAAAAGCCUAAAGAAAGGGAGGUGGUGCUAGAGCACACCUCUUCAGGAAGUGACUGGUCCGAUGUGGAUGAGGUCUCCACAGUUAGAUUCUCUCAGGAGGAGCCUGUCUCACUGAAAGUCUCUGCAGUUUCAGAGCCUUCUGCUUUCCCAACUGACUACGUCAUGUACCCAGCUCAUUUGUACAGUAGUCCCUGGUGUGACUACGUCAGCUACUGGACCAGCACUCCCAGGCCUUCUGGUUACCCCUCGCUGGGCAGCAGCAGCAGCGACACAUUGCAGGUGGGGAGGAGCAGCAGGGGCCACCUGAGUGACUGCUCCUCCAGUUCUGCGGUGAGCUCCCCAAACACCUUCAGAGACCAGGAGAUGGCAGAGGAAGGCAGGUCCCAGAAUUCUCGUUCAUUUCGUUUCUCCAGAAGCUCAGAAGAAGAGGUGAAGGAGAAAAGAAUAUUCCGGGAGGAGACACCUCCACGUCCUUGUGGAGGACACACAUCCAGUUCCCUGUCAAGGAGCUAUCGGGAGCCAAGCCUCGAGGAGGGUUUCAUUGACACCCAUUGUCACUUGGACAUGCUCUAUUCCAAGUUGUCUUUCAAGGGGACCUUUACCAAGUUCAGAAAAAUUUAUAGCAGCUCCUUCCCUAAGGAAUUUCAGGGCUGCAUUUCUGACUUCUGUGAUCCUCGGACCCUGACGGAUUGUCUAUGGCAGGAGCUUUUGAAAGAGGAUCUGGUUUGGGGGGCCUUUGGCUGUCACCCUCAUUUUGCACGUUACUACAGUGAGAGUCAAGAAAGAAAUCUUCUGCAAGCCUUAAGGCACCCCAAGGCUGUGGCAUUUGGGGAAAUGGGCCUGGAUUACUCUCACAAGUGCACCACACCAGUCCCAGAGCAGCACAAGGUGUUUGAGAGGCAGCUACAGCUGGCCGUGGCUCUGAAGAAGCCCUUGGUGAUCCACUGCCGAGAAGCUGAUGAAGAUCUGUUGAGCAUCAUGAAAAAAUUUGUGCCCUCAGACUACAAGAUCCAUAGGCACUGCUUCACUGGCAGCUACCCGGUCAUCGAGCCCUUACUGAAGCACUUCCCCAACAUGUGUGUGGGCUUCACGGCAGUCCUGACCUACUCCUCGGCCUGGGAGGCUCGGGAAGCUCUGAAACAGAUUCCACUGGAGAGAAUCAUUGUGGAAACUGAUGCUCCCUACUUCCUGCCUCGGCAGGCAGUGCAAAGCCCUACCCUGUAGAGGGUAGUCCAAGGAAGCGUGGGACCCUGCUCACCCAGAGCCCCCCAUGACUAGGAAUCUCCCUGCACCUGCAGGUUCCCAAAAGCCUCUGCCAGUAUGCCCACCCAGGUCUGGCCUUGCAUACAGUUCGAGAGAUUGCCAGGGUCAAAGAUCUGCCGCUCUCACGCACCUUGGCCAUCUUGCGUGAGAACACCAAUCGCCUCUACAACCUUUAAGCUGAGAGAGUGCAGUCAGGAGUUACCCAGAAAAGGUCGUAAAAAUCACAUUAUGUUUUUGAAAAUCCGGACAAAAAUGUUUUUGCUGCAUUUUCUUAAUGUAGAGAAUGUUGUAAACAUAGGCAUGCAUUAAAGCUGAUCUGUCAUGAGGAGACUUCAUUUGGAACCUUCUUCCUUUUCUCUUCCCAACCCUCCAGGAAAACCAGUGGCCUGACAGAAGACAGGCUGGGUUUGAACUCCACGUGUAUGUCCCAGGUCAGCGCUGUUUUCGGAGAGCCCAUAGGAAUGGAGAAAACGCAAACAGGAUAUUUUUCUUGAAACCUUGUCAUAAGGCUUCUGCUGCUGGCUGGUGGGCAGGAUCCGGCUGGGGUCAGAGGAGUGGGAUGAAGGGUUGGGGUUUGCCUCAUAGCCAUGAUGCUCUGGGGCAGUCGGUGAUGAAGAGAGGCUCGUACUGGUGCAGCGAGUUUGCAGACCCAGAUCCCCAUUCUCUGCAGCUUGUUUCUGAGCAGUCUGUGAACAGUUACCCUCCUACUCAUCCAGGCACAUGUGGGAGUGUAACUUGGUUUUUGGUUCUCAGUUCUAAAAAGGAGCUCAUAAGUGGGAGAGCUCCCCUGGGGACCUGCACUGGAGACCUGGCUCAGAGGUUGAUUUUUCUGCACCCACUGCAGUCAGCCCGCUUCCUCCCCUGGAUUGCUCUGCAACUUGGCCCUCUCUGUUGCUGCGUCACCUCUCCAUCUGCACAGGAGGGACCUCAGGUGCCCGUCUCACUGGUUCCACUGCCAUCAGUGUGGAGGGGGCACUAGGGCGCUCAUUGUCCAGAGGACGUCCUGGCUGGUAGAGAUCUGAACAGACUGGAAGACACAAGGAAGAGGCCUUCUUGAGGAAGAGGACCCCAAAGAGGGCGUUUCUGCUCACCGAUGUUCAUAGGGGUCGGUUUGCAGCGGAAGCUACCUGCUAGUCUGCUGUCAGGUCCCUGCCGCCCUUUGCUCCGUUUUUGCCCCCUUCUGGAAUACUGGACCAAAAAACUCCUGUUUUAUCCCAUAUAACAGCCCUCGUGUGUCCCACCCAGGUUGGGAGGUAAACCAAUUUAAAUAUACAAAGCUCUGGUGGGCAGCCCAGCCAUGUUUUAUUGCCUCUGCAGAAGCUGGCCUGGUGUCUGUAAAUCUUUUGGGCCUCUGCCUCUGUCCUUCUCAGUGUUGGAAUUGAAAACCUCUCCUUUGACCUUUGAGCAGCCAGGUCAUCCAGUUGUGAGCUCUGCUCUGCCCUGCCGGUGCCUUGUAAAGGUGUAUUUGUUACAGGCCCUGGAAGGUUACAAUGGCUAAGGGUUAAGUAUGAGGACACUACACUUUGUCCAGAGGGUCCGUCACCCCAGUCCCCCUCAGUGAAACAGGCCAUGCUGAGUCCCCUGCCUGCUUCUUGGAGGACAGGAGCUUAUGUUGUAAAGUUCUUCACCUAAUGCUGGAUUCCUUUAGUGUUUUGAGAAGGUGCGUUUGAGCCUUGUAAGCUAAAAGAGAAGGGACUUACCACUUGCUAUCUGUUAUUUUCAUCUUGCCCUGGUACACAGUUCACUGGCCUGAGAAAUAGGCCUCUUUUCACUGUUGACCUUCCAUGGAUCAGCUGUGUCUGUGCCUCAAAUUGCCUAUAUGGGGAAUCCAGGGCCUUGUUCUACUUGGAUCAUUGGAGGACUGAGUAUUUCGGAGUGCUUUGUCGCCCCCCAGUGGACUGCAGCCUGACUUGUCUCCUCAAGCCCUUAAGUCAGUGACUGCCCAAACAGGAAGCCAGCCGGUCCUGCGCUAGAGGAUUAGAAGUGGACUGGUGGAUGUCUCCCAGCCUCUGCAGUCCCCCUGCCCAGGUAAAGCACAAGGUGCUGUAUUCUUUUAUCUCUAGGAUAGGAUUAUCAUUUCUGUGCUGUUUGCAGUGAAGCAUUAGCUGUAUGGGCGUGAAAGCUGGAGGGCCAUGCCUUGGAUUCUGUUUUUGAGUGGCUAACUCGACUGUUCCGUGCUGCCCAUCCCUAUCCCUCUGUAGCCCAUCCCUAUACCCCCGACCAUGACCAUCUCUUUCUGGAAAUAAAGUGAUGGCUCUUCAGCCAACUCCUAUGCUCUCCAUGUCUGUGUAGAUUUCUCUGAGAGACAACAGUGGUUUGGUGAUUGGCCAGGUUUGUGACCUGAGGAUCCAAAGUUCUGGAGGCCUUCUCAUGUGUACAUGAGAACUGUUGGAGUAACGGAAUACCGGCUACGUGCCAGGUGUCCUCAUGGGAGACGCUGUGUUCAGGCUGGACUGUAACCCCGGGAGGUAGGUGUUUCACUUGUGAAGAGCCUGAGAGAUUAAAUGUGAAAUUAAGCUGGUAAUAAGGGCACAUGUCACCUUCUCAGCAGCUCUGCCUCUGAGUAUCAGCUGUCAUCUUACUACCUGGGGACACAUAUGUUUACUGCUUCCUGGCCUUUGAAACGUACAUAGAUACCUUCUUUUCUUUCUCUCUCUUCACAGAGCAGUGCAGUAGGAGGAGGAGGGAAAAUCAGCCCACGGGGGUGCUGUGGGUGAAUCAGUUAUUCGUGGGCUUUGGCCUGUGAGCUCUGAUGCCCUUGGGGAAACUUUGGAGGAAAUUCUUUGACUGCUUGCAGUUAGUCCUGUCAUUUUGUGCUAAAGUAUUCUUGAACCCAAGUGCACAGCCAGAAGUAAACCUGUAAGGAGCAGGGUCCUGUUCCAGGAAUGCUGAACAAAUUGGAAAUCUGUUGAUGCCUCAUGUUUGGGAUGCAUCACUAUUUUCAGCAUAUUCCUUCGCCUCCUUAGCUCCUCCCCAGUCGAACAGUUGACUUGUCCACUCAGAGAGAGUCUGUUUUAGGCCGGAAAUCUGCUGUUCUGGGUUCUUGGUGUUUCCACCUUUCUCUCUGUAUUGUUUGGGACUAGCGCUAAUCAUUUACUGCCAGCACUUUAAUUUUUGUGUCACCUACCUUUGUAAAAGAAGGGCAAAUGGCCACUGAAACACAGAGGAGGGAACACUUCCCAGCAGAUGGCAGCAGAGCUGUUGGUCAGUGGCGGCCACCUGCCUGACCACUGUUGACGCUGGCAUGUCAGUGAUGUUUGCUAUUAUUCAGAAUGAGGCAGCCAGGUGUGGGUCUCCAUUCUUCUGUUUGUACAGUCGUAGAGAAUUUCUGAGCGCACAUGUAAAUACAUGUGCAACUAUACUAAUGUACUACUCAUGUUAUAAAACACAAAUAGUUUUUAUAAGGAUUUUUUUUCCCCACCAAGUAUCUUGCCCACCCCAGGCAUAAAUACACCCACUUCAGGGAAUCUUAAGUUAAUGGUACUAAGUGAUGCAUGGAGGAGUAGGUCUCAGAAAGCUGACACAGUGACUGUGUGUGAAAUGCUACGUGGUCUCAGUUUACUUUGGUAAAUUUUAUUUCUGCCAGUUGUGGACUUGAAAAUGUCUUCACCUGACUCCAAGUUGGCCAAAUGUAUUAUGAAAGAAAAGGAAAGAUAAAAGGAUCCUAGGCAAUAGGACAGUAAUACUGGAGGAGAGGCAGUAGAAUAUGAAAAGGCCUGGGUCUAUGCACCACAGCUCUGGAUAUGAGUUGGCAGCGUAUUUGCUAUGUGACCUUGUUUGGUAGGUUGUUAUGGAAAGUGAUUUAGUUUCUCUGAGCUUCAGUUUUCUCCCUCUUAAGGCUUGUGAAAAUUAACUGAAGUCAUACUAAUUACAUGUGAGCAUUUAGAACAGGACCUAUUGCACAGGAGGCAUGUAGUAAACGGGGGCUGUUGGAGUAACGGAAUACCGGCUACGUGCCAGGUGUCCUCAUGGGAGACGCUGUGUUCAGGCUGGACUGUAACCCUGGGAGGUAGGUGCUUCACUUGUGAAGAGCCUGAGAGAUUGAAUGUGUUGGUGUGAAUCAUCCGGCAGGUGUUCAAAUGUGGGUCUGAGCCUAAAACCCACAGCUUUGCACCAACCGCUGCUCCCCAGCCCAGGUGUGAGUGUCUAGUCCACAGUGGGGGCUCAACCUCCACUUGAAUGAAUGACCUAGGCAAGUGGGCGAGCAGGGUUGUGAGUCCUUUGGGAAAGGGAGUGAGUCCUUGUCUGUGGGUCGGGGGGGAAGUGUCAGGUGGCCACUGGCAUUCCUCCUAGGGCCUGGCACCCACUCGAGAGCCCAGUCCCUGGCUGCUGUUCCACCGGGUCAGGAGCGGUUUCCUGGGCCACUCUGACCACAUGAGGGCCUUGAUCCUCACGGGAAGAGGACUGUGGGCAUGGUUAGUGAUGGUCUGGGUUGCAGCUCUCCUAAAUGAUGGAGUGGGGGUGUGCCCGUGGUCUGGGACAGUGUGUUGGCCUCCCUCUCAGUGAUGGGGGCUGGCUGGCCAGAGGCUGAGGAUGGUCACUUCUGUCCACUUUCACUUCCUUUCUCCCCCUUUCCCCCCGCCCCAGUUCACCUGCUCUCCAAUACCUUAAAUUCCUUUAAUGGUGAGUAAUACCUUUCAAUCUGUGAUUAUAACUGAGGUUUAGAGGCAUACGUUUUCCAAAGCAAGGACUCAGUGAACUCACUGUGUAGACACAUAGUCAGGUGUCUGUGGUCCCCUGAGAGAUGGAAGAGCAUGUGUGUGCUGUCCAUUCAAGGAUGGGCCUGUCGUCAACAGGGCCAGGACUAGAGAGAUGGGGGAAGGUGUGUGAGAGGAAACAGGGCCCCUUUUCAUGUUUUCUGUCUUGUGGAGGGUGCCACCUGACCAGGUCUCAGUUGUCAUUAGUUACAUGAGAGUGGACACCUGACCUCUGCCAGGUGGGCGAUCUGGCUGUGCAGUGCACUGCGCGGCCUGCACUGGAUCUGGUUGCCUCUAAGCCACUUCAGAUAAGCCAUUUAAAAGCCUGAGGAUCUUGUUAAAAUGCAGAUCCUGACAUAUAAGGGCUGGUGGGGCCUGAGAUUCUGCAUUUGUAAGAGGUUCCCAGACAAUGUGACCACGUGCAGGACCCUGGCAAGGGAGGCACUGGGUGUCGGUGUGCCUGCUGAGUAUGACCAGUGGUUGUACUGGUGGGCCACGCCUUGAGUGCCAGGUGACCAGAACCAUUUACUCAAGAUACUUGGCUCCUAGAGCCCUCUGUGAGAGAGGCUUUUCCACAGUGUGGAUGUCACCCCGAUGUUCCCUGCAGAGGGCUGUCGUGCACACCCCUAACAGGUGCUCGUGCGUCUGGAUCAGUAGGUGGCCAGUGCUUAUCUUUGGAGCCUCCUUGUUCUUCGCCUUUUUCUCCCCUUAGUGAUCCACCCAUCCAUCAUCACCUACUCAGAAAUCAGUGUUUAUGCUGAAGUGUAAAUGGCUAAUAAGUGGCAUUCCUUCCAGGAAGACUGGAAUUAAGUUGUGGAACUUAAGGAGCAAGGCUCAGUUAGCUGGGAGCUGGAGUUGGAAAUGUUUUGGAGCACCUCCCUGGUAUCAGCAGGGAGCCUUGCCCACCCGAGGCAGAACCUGCUUUGCCCAGCCCUUCAGUAGUGGGUGAGAGGAAGGAGGGCAGUCGUUCCAGCCCUGCCAGCAGUGGCUGAGAGCCAUUGUGGGCACCCCACUUACGUAGGAUUUCAGCUGCCUGCUUUGGAACUCCCAGCAUCCUGUUAUCAGGGGCCGGUGGCUCUGAUAAUGUCAGCUGAAGUCUCUCUGACCAACAGUCUUUGCUUAUUGUUGCUAAGCUCUCAGUGCAGCUUGGUGUGCUUAGGAAGCCCUGAUAUUUAAAGGAACUGUGCAUUUCUUUCCUUUCUCUCUUGUCCUUCCCCCGGUAGUCUUACCUGCGUGUGUGAGUUGGUCUGACUUGGUUUUCUAAGAAUGCAUACCUGUCUGACCACAUAUGCUUCUCUUCUUUUCCCACUGACCAUAGAACAAAAAUUUUUUUUCCCAGUGAAAUGUGAAAUUUUCCCCUUUGGUGAAAUUAAUUCCCAUUUUGAACACUCAGCCUACAGUUUGAACAUUUAUUCACCUCUUAAGCUAGUACCAGGCAGAGCUGGGAGUUGGUGCAGAAGUAAUUUAAAAGCCAGGGGAGUGCCUCUUGAGUUGGAGGACAUCAGAUAGGCGGGCAGGUUCUGUGGAUGAUCACUUGGCUGCUGGGACCUCUGAAAAGCAAGAGGUCAAGUCGGAAUUCCGCGCCUGCCAUCUGACGGGGCUCUCCUGCCGCAGCUGUGCUGCACGUGAUGGGCUGCUGUGAUGGGGAGUGUGGACCAUGUGACAGGGGAAGGUCACCUAAAAGCUGAAUCUUGGUUUCCUUAUCUGCGCCCUGGGUGUGUGGCUCCCCCGCCUGCCCGAGGUGGGUGGGGUGGAGGGCGAUGCCAUGUUGGUGAAGAAAGCAGAUGUAGUGUGCUUCCAAAGGCAGGAGUUUGCCCCCUUGAUCAGGAAAAAGUUGGGUGAUUUCUUUUUAUAGAGUGAGAGGGGAUUCAAAACUAAACCAAAACCCUUUGCUUAACUGGCUGUGGAACCUAUUCUGAAUGCAGUUGUAGCAGUAAUUCCUUUGGUUUGUGAAGUAAAGCUGCGUUGAUACCAAAUAAUUUAUACUCUCAUAGUGGGUGUUCACUCCAUUUUAUGGCUAAGGAAAUGGGGGUUCAUUGGGGCCCCCAAACUAGUUAAUGUGGUUGUUGUCAGAACAUAGCAUGUUCUCAGAAUACAAAGACAGCACCCAGCCCCCUUCUGAGCUGCUCACGAAUAGCGGGCCAGCCCACCCCAUCACAGAUAUUUGGGAAAGAGGAAUUAGAAGCUGUUUUUGAGAGGCAGGAGUCGGGGAAGAAAACUAUAUCGUGUUGCCUCCUGGGUGGGCUUACUUUUGGGAUUCUGAGGAAAUUGCAUUGACCUGAGCCAAGCAAGGACUUACCAUCGACCUCUUCCCAAAGGCUGUCCCGCAGGACCUUCCCCAGGGCCUGGCCGUGUUGGUGGUACUGAGCCCCUGACAGCUUGAUUCCAACAUCAAAGGGGGUGUUGAACUAGGAGGAGGGGCAGGGAGGACCCAGGAGGGGUCAGAGGCCACCCCCUGCCACCUCUGCCCAAACUCCCCCAGUCCCAAAGGAGGCCCUGGGCUCUUGGGGUCUCAGCACAGGGCGUGGGAGGGAGAAGGGGCUGGGGGCCCAGCAGGUACCACAAAGGGACAGCGCAGCCAGGUAACCCUGCCUUCUCAGGCCCGUUCUGUCUCCCCAUCGUAGGAGGCUUACUUGCAUUCCCACUCCUUACCUGUAAGGAGGUGGCUGAUAAAAGCUGUGGGAUCCCCUACUUCAACCCCCCUACCCCGCCUUGCAGUUUUGGAAGGCAUAAGGUUGAUUGCCAAUGGUAGAAUUUUGGACUUGGGCAGAAAGAUUGGGGUGUGGGGGCACCGGGUGUAUACAGCACCACCUGGGUCCUCUCCACACUGCCCCCACUUCCUUCCGUCCCAGGUGGCAGUCUCCUGCAUGGCCCUUUGCUUGUUCCAUGGAAAAUCAGACAGGAAGCUGACCUUUUCCUAGAAAGAUGCUCUGGGCCAGGUCCUUUCUUCUUUCCAUGAUGCCACCUCCUCCCUUCUACAGGGAAGGUGCCCCGUUUGCCCUGCUUUCUUGGCACUGGGCGGGAUAUCUUAUUGGAGCUCAAAGCCUUGGGUAAACAUGAAAGAGCUCUGUUUGCGGCCGUGCCACCAUUUUCUCCAGUUGAGAGCAGAGACCAUCUCUCUGUCUCUGUCCACCCAGUAGCUGCCUUGGCACCUGGCCAUGCUGGUCACUGAGAUGUCUGAACAAGUCAGUGGGCCUGCUGUCCUCCAGACCAGAGGUGUUAUCCCCAUUUUCAGGUAAAGCAGCAGAGGCCCAGAGAGGUUAAAAGACCUGCCUCAGGCUGCAGAGGGAGCUGGUGACCAAGGGCUCCUCCGCAGGACUCUGAGCCCACCAGCCCUGGAGCCUCUCCUCAGCUGGGGCUGCCACCGCGCCCAGCAUGGGGCCCUCGCCUGGGCUGAAGGCCUCCCUCCGCGUCACAUGGAGUCCUCGCUGCCUCCCUCCCAGGGAGGGGCCACUGCUACUCCUAUUUUACAGAUGAGCAGACAUGCUUGGAGGAGUUAUUAAAACGACAAAUGGCUAUUCCCUUUUAAAAAUUUACCUUCCGCCAUCGUCUCCACUGUGAAGGUGGAGUGAGUUUUAGGGAAUUUGGGUCCUCUUCCGUCCCUGUGGCUAAUGUGAGGUGGUCACAUCACCUGAAUAGACUUCUUAGGAACCACAUGAGCACCAAUCUGGGGACCCGCUGGCUGGUCUAGCACCCUGGAAUCAGCAGCGGGGCCAUCUGAGGCAGCAUGGUGGCCGGAGAUCUGUUUCUGGUGACUUGAAAAGGUCCCCCUAGCCUCUUGUCUUUUCUGCUUAGUGGGGGUUGUAUAGGGAGGGGAGUGGGUAGGACUUGGUCACAAGUCUUCCAGCUGAAACCUGAUUGUAGGAGGAAAAUGUUGGGGGAGAUGGAGGGGCCCCCAGUGAGUGGGGUGGGACCCUAGGAUGGUAGGGGUUUGGGGGGGGCACCAGAGAGUUUGGCAGCCAGGUUUGCAGCCCCACCUCCCAGAUGGUGCAGAGGCCGCACGGGCCAUUUCUUCCAAGGCCAGCCUUCGCGCAAACUGGAAACUUCAGUUGUCCGAGCUGCGCCUUGUGUUGUCAGCCACAGAAACGUUUUCCCCAUCUGGCUGAGCUUUUCCUGUCCUGUGCACGAUUUGUCAUCCCAAACAAGCCUGCUGGCCCCGUUGUCAUCUACAGAUGGGGCCCGGUGAGUGCCAGCUGCUAGGGCUGUGCCAGCAGGAGCUCGCCUGGCCAGGGGCCAGCUCGGUGCACUCCAGCCCCAGGUGAGGGCUGAGCCAACCAGAAAGUGUUCUGCAGGGAAACACCUUCCGUCUGUGUGACCAGCUGUUUCUUCCUGUCUCUUGGCACCAUAUUUGCUGGGUCCCCUUUGAAAUCGCCUGGGCCUGCUAGCACCCCUCCCUCCUGGGCUCACAGCUCCUUGUACCCCGUUCUGUAGUAGAAAAGUAGCUUUUCAUAGAGGAUUGCCUCUUGAUGUGCAAAGACCUCAUGGAGCCCAGUGCACAGUCAACUAUUCUUGUGCUAUUUUAUGUUUCUUGGAUAGCUGAUAAGUGGGUCCCUGUUCAUAGCCGUCUCUCCUUACCCUCCCCACUUCCUCAUCCCCUCUACUGCCACAAAAACAUAAACUGCCAAGGAGCCCACCCGCAUUUCCAGCUCAUCCUCUGCUCCAUCCGCCUGACGUCCGUCUUCUGGGAGGAACCAGCUUUCUAGAGCUCGGGGCUGCAGUUUGGCUGGCGGCUUCUUGGACUCCUUUCUCUGCUGAAAAGAGGGGGUGUUCUCUUUAGGGCCCUAAGCUUCCACAUGCUUCCAGAACCAGAGUGAGGUAUAAGCCCAUGGUCAGACACAAAGUCCUUUAGCUCUGGGAGAAGGCUGAAGCCCAGAGAGGGUGUACGGCCCAGCACACUCAGCCGGCUGCCACGUGGCAAGGUUGGCAAUGAGAUGCCCCGGGCUUUGUGGGGAGAUGUCUCACCUGCACUUUCUGGUGUUCGGGGCUCAGGAAGCUGGAGCCUGCCAUGGCCAAGUCCACCCAGAGCACGCUGAGGAGCAGCAGGCUGCAGAUGGUCCCCAGGGAGGGCAUGGCUCAGCUGGGUGGGGACAGAUGGGCCUGGAGGAGAGAGGGGUCUCCAGGCAGCAUGCCCUCCCCUCCCCGUGCCUCAGAAUGCACUUGAGUAGGAGCCCAGCAGACAGCAUGAGGGGAUCCACCCUGGGGUUGUGAUGACUGCCGAGUGGAGAGGCUCUUCCCACCCCUGCAAGAGGGGCUCUCUGCCUGCCUCCCUGAGGGAGGAGGGAAUGGAAGGACAUGCGUGCUCUUUUCCAAGGCUGUGCAUUCAGGGCAGAGUGCCUGAUAGUGGGACUCCCCAUGUCCUUCUGUGCCAAGGAGCUUGUGCCAAGUUUCUUAAGGGGUGAUGAAGGCGAACCAGCAUGUUCCCCAGUCACCUGGGGAGAUUGUGUCUCUGAGCAGCCAGGCUGCCCCAGGUUGUGUAGCCUUCCCUUCUGAGCAAAGGGCCUGUGGAUGGCCAGUGGCCACAGUGUUAAACUCGUAAAGACCCUCCCCCCACCCCAAUAGUCCAGACAGCAGACCUACCUGGGACUCCUGGUGUAGGUGGUGCCUGGUGGCUGCCUGGGCCUUAUAUAGGAAGCCUUGUGUUUGUUUUAAACCAGCAACCCCAUCUCAGGGCAGCCUAGCUUCCGGGGGCUGAUUUACAUUCCUUGGGAACUAAAAAUGCUCAUGUCCUCUGGGUAGAAAUCAACAGUGGAGGUCAAAAGUCCUGAGAGAUUGCUGGGUUGGCAUGGGGAGGCGCAUCUGCUCAGCUGUCCCCAGGUGGGCAUGGUCCUGGUGCAGGUGGGAGGCAGGGGAGAGGCUUGGGGGUCCUUUGCUGCUCUGUGACCUUGGCGUACGCCCCUUCCUGACCUUCCCUUCCUCCCUGGGUAGGAUGCAGUUAUUGUCCCUAGAUCGCCAAGGGCUUGUCCAGCCCUGGCACAUGCUGUUCCCUGACUGAUGCUGCUCUGGCCCCCACAGACCUCUGGGGCACCUGGGGAGAUUGUGUCUCCCAGCUGAGGUGAUGUUCACGCCUCCUCAGUAAGGGAGACCCCAUUGGAUAGUGAGACUGCUGGCUGCACAGUGCCGAGCCACCCUCUCCAGGGAGCAGCUGUAGGGUCACUGCAAACAGUGGCCAAACUUCAGUCAUUUCUUCUGGCUGGUGUAUGGUAACUCUGCUUGGCUUGAUGUUUCUUAAUGUUCUGGCAUGUCCCCUUCCCCCAGCCAGGUUCUCAGAGGGAACAGACAGGACCUGAGACAGAAGAGCUGUGACUGAGGACUGGUUCAGGUAAUUACGGUGAUUGGCUUUAGGCACAGCGCUAAAAAUCCUGUGUGCCUCCCACGCUUCUCAGAGUGCCUUUGAGGAUUAAGUGAGGGGAUAGGUGUGAAAAUCCUUUAUAUAAACCUGUAAAGUAUCAUGCAGAAGACAAUUUGUUUUUACUGAAGUAUCACUGAUAUGCAAUUUUACAUUGGUUUUAUGUAUACAACAGUGGUUCACCACUUACCCGUAUUAUUAAAUCCUCCCCCCCACUAGUGUGGUUACUAUCUGUCAACAUAGGAUGAUGUUACAGAAUCAUCGGCUGUACUCUCCAUGCUGCACUACUGUCCCUGUGACCAACUUAUGAUUGUGAAUUGUUGUGCCUCUUUAUCCCCCUUACCCACCCCAACCCACCCACCCUGGUAACCACGUCACUUCUCAGUAUCUGAGUCUACUGCUGUUUUAUUCAUUCUGCUUUGCUUUGUUGUUAUACUCCACAAAUAAAUGAAAUCACAUUUGUC